CUCAUCUUUCAUAUUUUUCCCGAAAUUUUCCGGGAAAAUCCUGUGUCCUCUCUCACUUUCCCUCUCAAAUUAAAUUUCCAUGGCAAAUGCCUGGAAAAGAAAUCAACCCACAAAAAUUCUCACCCCAAAAACCAUCCUCCUCUUCCUCUUAACGUCUCUCCUCCUCGUCACCUUCCUCUACCUAGCCUCCCAAAUCCAAACUCCUACUCCUAAAACCAUCAAAACCCUUGCUCAAUUUGACCGAAAAAUCAAGCCUUUUGAUUGCUACAGUUCACCCCAAGCCCACCCUGUCAUUGCCAACAUCGUUGAAGGCCUUAAGUACCCUUUUCUUUAUUCACUCUCAGACUUUGGGAAUUUACCAGAAAAGCCCCACAAGAAUAUUGUUAGGACCCUUAAAGGAAAACCCUUUAGGAAGGCUGAUAUUUCAGUCACUGUGCAAGAACUAUUGGAAAAAUUGAAAGGCGAUAAACAUGGUAUUUUCGUAGAUGUUGGUGCUAACGUGGGAAUGGCUACCUUUGCAGCUGCUGUAAUGGGGAUUAAAGUUUUGGCCUUUGAGCCCGUUUUUGAGAAUUUGCAGAGGAUUUGUGAAGGGAUUUACUUCAACAGAGUUGGGGGCUUAGUUGAGGUUUUUGAAGCUGCAACUUCGGAUAGAUCAGGGAAUAUCACAUUUCAUAAGUUAGUCGGCCGGCUAGACAACAGUGCAGUCUCGGCCACUGGUGCCAAAAUGGCAUUUAAGUCCAACGAAGAGAUUGCACUUCAAAUCAAGUCAAUUCCACUGGAUGAAGUGAUUGAAGAGUCUGAGCCCGUGCUCCUGCUUAAAAUAGAUGUUCAGGGUUGGGAGUACCACGUACUGAAGGGUGCCUCAAAGCUGCUAUCAAGAAAUAAGGGGGAAGCCCCGUACAUAAUAUAUGAGGAAGACGAGCGCUUGUUGAAAGCAAGCAAUAGUAGUGCCAAAGAGAUUCGGGAGUUUCUUCACAGUCUGGGCUAUCAUGACUGCACUCAGCAUGGUACAGAUGCACAUUGCACAAAAACAGAAUGACAAGGUGGUCCUAACCACAGGAAAUUCACCAUGACAGCUCAGUAAGAACGAUGGUGACGUUUAUCAGUUUCAAGUCAUGCUUAUCUGCCAUGUGGUUUGGUUUCAGUAAACUCUAUUGCAGAGGCAAAGGAAUUGACGAUUGCUCCGAGCUUAUUAUCAGCAAUGUCAUGAGAACUACUAUAUCAUCGGCCGAAACUUGAGUUGGUUGAUUGAUGAUUAGUGGAAGUGAUAAACCAAUUCAUAUGCUUGGUUUCAGUUGGAUACUCAUUUUAACAUCCAACCCGAUUUGUGAUCUUGUAGAGGCUGGUUAUUAUUCUAUUCUUUUUCCAAUGCAUGCUGCAGCAUCGCAGUUUCCAGUGAAUACAGUGGCUGGCUGCUUUUGUUUC